UCAAAAGUGACGCGCAAUCCGAAUUUUGCCGUUAUGAAGGCAUUUUUGCACACACACAUGGAAACUCUGUUUUGGCUCUGCUCGCACACCAACAAAGCCGGCACAGCCGGACGAUCUUGAGAUUUCUGCAAAAAAAUAUAUUUUCAUGAGCAUAACCUAAAACUGUGCCAUUCCAGGAAGUUCCAGAAUUGUCUCUGCAUUUAAUUUUCACUGUUUCUUUUGAUACAACCACUUUUUCUGUGAUAUCUACUCUAUCUACUGCAAAGAUGCGGAAAAUAUUGUUUUCCAGUUGAAGACUGCCCUUUGCGGUGGAGCCUUUGGGAUUGGAGCUCUCUAUUUCGCACAAUCGGGGAAUGAGACCUUCUACAGGAACCUCCUGAUGCCGGCCAUAUGGAGGAUGCCUGCUGAGAUGAGCCACAGGAUGGCGGUUUUUGCCUGCAAGUAUGGAAUAAUGGGACAGGAGAAAUUUGUUGAUUCCGAACGACUCCAGACGACUUUGUUCAACGUGAGAGUGUCAAAUCCGGUGGGAAUCGCCGCUGGCUUUGAUAAGCAAGGCGAGGCGGUGUCUGGAUUGCACAAGAUCGGCUUUGGCUUCGUGGAGAUUGGCUCUGUGACUCCGGAACCACAGGCGGGGAAUGAGAAGCCGAGGUGCUUUCGCUUGAUCGAGGAUCGAGCCAUCAUCAACAGAUUCGGCUUCAACAGCGACGGCCACGAGAAAGUGUACGAGCGGAUCAGGAAGUUGCGCGACAGCGGAUCAUUCCAGGGUGUGAUCGGAGUGAAUCUGGGGAAGAACAAGACAUCCGCACAGGCAGAUGAGGACUACGUGGCUGGAAUUAGGCUUUUUGGUCCCGUGGCGGACUAUUUGGUGAUAAACAUCAGCAGUCCCAACACGCCCGGCUUGCGGAGUCUGCAGAGCAGGGAGAACUUGGAGGGUCUGCUGUCCAGCGCCGUGGCAGCCAAGAGAGCCCUUCCGCGAGAUGUGCCGCUGCUGCUGAAAAUAGCUCCGGACUUACUGGCGGAAGAGAUGGACGAGAUCAGUGCCACGAUCAUGCUGGAAAAGUGUCGCAUUGAUGGACUGAUCGUGAGCAACACGACCACUUCUCGUCCUCCAACGCUCCGGAGUGAGUUUCGCGAGGAGCAAGGCGGCCUCAGCGGAGCUCCCCUCGUCGAUCUCUCCACCAAAGCCAUUUUCCACAUGUACAAGAAGACCGGCGGGAAGAUCCCCAUCAUCGGGGUCGGCGGAGUGUCCAGCGGCGAGGAGGCUUACGAGAAAAUCCUCGCUGGAGCUUCAGCCAUUCAGCUCUACACCUCGUUCGCCUUCCACGGCCCGCCAAUCGUCAAUCAAAUCAAGCGGGAAUUGGACGAGUUGCUGCGCAAGAACGGCUUCAAGAAUGUCUCCGAAGCCAAAGGAAUGGGCCACAAUGUUUUGCCGCCCAAGAACGUCUAAAGGGUCUAAAGUUUAUACACA